AUGGAACAAUACUUUAGUGUUGCGAAGAUUGGCGCGGCUGAACAAGUGGAUCUUACCGUGAUGUAUCUCACGGGUGAUGCGAAGCUUUGGUGGCGAACGAGAACCAAAGAGGACUUAAGUGCUGGACGUCCAAAGAUUGAGACGUGGGAUUGUCUCAAGCAAGAGCUGAAAGAGCAGUUCCUUCCGAACAACACGUCGUGGAUUGCGCGGGAGGAACUUAAAAGACUCAAACAUGACAGGUCAGUUCGUGAUUAUGUUAAGUCUUUCAGUUCUUUGAUUCUCAACAUCGAGAAUAUGUCCGAGGAGGACAGGCUAUUCAACUUCAUGUCCGGAUUGCAAACUUGGGCGCAAGCGGAACUAAGGCGACAGAAUGUAAAGGAUCUGUCCUCCGCUAUUGCUGCUGCGGACAGUUUGAUUGAUUUUAAAUCAACUACUAGAGAGGGCUAUACAUCAACCUCCUUCAAGUCUAAGGGAAGAAACAAGGAGGAAAGAACGAGGAAGAAGUUCGGUGGGGGUGCAUCGAGGGCUACUGCUGCGGAGAAGGGCAAGGCCAAGGAAUGUCCAAAGAGGGAGAAGUUGAAUGCUAUUCGGGCUGGGGAUAGCGAUGAGGGGGAAGGGGUAGUUACGCACGUCAAUCCUAUGCGUGUGAUAAACUGCCUGGUAGCUAAAUCAGGGGAUGAGGCUGCCGAAACCCGCCCUGUUGAUAAAGAUUUGGCGAGAAUUGAUGCACUGCGAAAAGGAAAGUCAAGGGCUACAGACAAUCUAAUGUAUGUGAAGAUUGUGAUAAAUGGCAAAGACGUGAAUGCUAUGCUGGAUUCAGGCGCAACCCACAUGUUUGUGGCAGAUCGGCUGGUGAAAGAACUUGGCCUGCGGCUGAGUGAUAGCCACACAUCCAUGAAGGCAGUAAACUCGAAGGCACAGAGGAUUGCUGGGAUGUCUUAUGAUGUGCCGAUAACGCUGGAUCAGUGGAGAGGUAAGCAUGAUGUGCUGGUCGUAAAUCUUGACGAUUAUGAUAUUAUUCUUGGCCUAGAUUUCUUACGAAAAGCCAAGGUUAUCUUGAUGCCUUAUCUCAAUGGAAUGAUGAUUGCAAGUGAGGGAUGCCCAUGUUUCGUCCCAUGUUGUAACGUCGCAGCUGCGGAUGUGGUGAAAAAGGGGAAGAGCUUGGUCUCUUUGGCAGAAGUCAUGGAAGCUAUUCGAGAACGGUUGACGCGUCUUGAGACUUUGAUAGGGUUGGAUGAAGAAGACGAAGAACGUUCUAUUAUGGAUCGCUUGAAGGAAGCUAUGAAAAGCGCUGAAAGGGCUGAGAGCCUGUAUAUAUCUCUUGCGGCAGAAUCAAGUGAAAGAUUGGCUGCUGCUGAAGAGACGAUUGCCAUUCUAAAGAGGGCAGUGACAAACGCUCCUAUUGGGGUAAGUAAUUCGAAACCUAAAGUGCCUGAACCAAAGUGUUUUGGUGGAGCAAGAAGUUCCAAAGAGCUGGAGAAUUUCUUGUGGGAUAUGGAACAAUACUUUAGUGUUGCGAAGAUUGGCGCGGCUGAACAAGUGGAUCUUACCGUGAUGUAUCUCACGGGUGAUGCGAAGCUUUGGUGGCGAACGAGAACCAAAGAGGACUUAAGUGCUGGACGUCCAAAGAUUGAGACGUGGGAUUGUCUCAAGCAAGAGCUGAAAGAGCAGUUCCUUCCGAACAACACGUCGUGGAUUGCGCGGGAGGAACUUAAAAGACUCAAACAUGACAGGUCAGUUCGUGAUUAUGUUAAGUCUUUCAGUUCUUUGAUUCUCAACAUCGAGAAUAUGUCCGAGGAGGACAGGCUAUUCAACUUCAUGUCCGGAUUGCAAACUUGGGCGCAAGCGGAACUAAGGCGACAGAAUGUAAAGGAUCUGUCCUCCGCUAUUGCUGCUGCGGACAGUUUGAUUGAUUUUAAAUCAACUACUAGAGAGGGCUAUACAUCAACCUCCUUCAAGUCUAAGGGAAGAAACAAGGAGGAAAGAACGAGGAAGAAGUUCGGUGGGGGUGCAUCGAGGGCUACUGCCGCGGAGAAGGGCAAGGCCAAGUUUAUGGGUGCACAAGGUAAGAGUACUAAACCGAACUUUACUUGCUUCAUUUGUGAUGGUCCUCACUUUGCGAGGGAAUGUCCAAAGAGGGAGAAGUUGAAUGCUAUUCGGGCUGGGGAUAGCGAUGAGGGGGAAGGGGUAGUUACGCACGUCAAUCCUAUGCGUGUGAUAAACUGCUUGGUAGCUAAAUCAGGGGAUGGGGCUGCCGAAACCCGCCCUGUUGAUAAAGACUUGGCGAGAAUUGAUGCACUGCGAAAAGGGAAGUCAGGGGCUACGGACAAUCUAAUGUAUGUGAAGAUUGUGAUAAAUGGCAAAGACGUGAAUGCUAUGCUGGAUUCAGGCGCAACCCACACGUUUGUGGCAGAUCGGCUGGUGAAAGAACUUGGCCUACGGCUGAGUGAUAGCCACACAUCCAUGAAGGCAGUAAACUCGAAGGCACAGAGGAUUGCUGGGAUGUCUUACGAUGUGCCGAUAACGCUGGAUCAGUGGAGAGGUAAGCAUGAUGUGCUGGUCGUAAAUCUUGACGAUUAUGAUAUUAUUCUUGGCCUAGAUUUCUUACGAAAAGCCAAGGUUGUCUUGAUGCCUUAUCUUAAUGGAAUGAUGAUUGCAAGUGAGGGAUGCCCAUGUUUCGUCCUAUGUUGUAACGUCGCAGCUGCGAAUGUGGUGAAAAAGGGGAAGAGCUUGGUCUCGGCCAUUGCUAUUGAUAAAGCAUUGCGGAAAGGAGGGGAAGUGUUUCUAGCAACAAUAGUUGACGAGAAGGCAGAUUAUUGUGGUGAGGUGCCGAAAGAAAUUGCUAACGUGCUGCAGCAAUUUGAAGAUGUGAUGCCGCCUCAGCUACCGAAGAAACUCCCGCCUAGGAGGGCCAUUGACCAUCGAAUUGAGCUGGUGCCAGGGGCAAAGCCACCAUCUCAAGCCCCUUAUCGAAUGUCACCUAGGGAAUUGGCAGAAUUGAGGAAACAAUUGGAAGAGCUGAUUGACUCAGGAUUUGUCCGGCCUUCCAAGGCUCCGUAUGGUGCUCCGGUUUUGUUUCAAAAGAAGGCGGAUGGAAGCCUUCGCAUGUGUGUGGACUACCGAGCACUCAACAAGGUAACAAUCAAAAACAAAUAUCCUGUUCCUUUAAUUCAGGAUUUGAUGGACAGAUUGUGUGGAGCCUCAAUCUUUACGAAAUUGGACUUGCGAUCGGGGUAUUGGCAAGUGCGGGUUGCUGAUGGUGAUGAGCAUAAAACUACUUGUGUGACAAGGUAUGGCUCCUAUGAGUUUCUAGUUAUGCCAUUUGGCCUAACAAAUGCUCCAGCAACAUUUUGUAAUCUAAUGAAUGACGUGUUAUAUGAUUUCUUAGACAAUUUUGUUGUAGUCUACUUAGAUGACAUUGUAAUCUAUAGUAGAGGCAUUGAAGAUCAUGUAACUCAUCUCUCUAAAGUCCUAAGUAGGUUGAGAGAAUAUGAAUUGUAUGUAAAGAGAGAAAAGUGUGAGUUUGCAAAAGCUGAAAUUAUGUUCCUAGGCCACUUGAUUGGGGAAGGACAAGUGAAGAUGGAUCCAAGGAAGAUUCAAGCCAUUGUUGAAUGGACAACACCAAAAUCUGUCCCGGAAUUGAGAUCAUUUUUGGGGUUUGCAAACUACUACAGACGAUUCAUUGAGGGUUAUAGCAAGAAGACAACUCCUCUCUCGGAUCUUCUCAAGAAGAGUCGGAGAUGGGAAUGGACGGUUGACUGUCAGCAAGUUUUUGAGAAGCUGAAGACAGCGGUAGCGUCAGCUCCAGUCUUGGGGCUGCCUGAUUUUGAGAAGCCAUUUGAAGUGCAUACGGAUGCUUCAGAUAGGGCUAUUGGUGGAGUGCUGGUGCAAGAUGGACAUCCGGUUGCUUUCGAGAGUCGGAAGCUAAAUGACGCGGAACGGAAUUACUCAACGCAUGAGAAAGAAAUGACGGCAGUAGUGCACUGCCUUGGCAUAUGGAGAGUAUAUCUGUUGGGGCCGAAAUUUGUUGUCAAGACUGACAAUGUUGCCAACACAUUCUUCUGGACGCAGAAGAAAUUGUCGCAGCGACAAGCUCGGUGGCAGGAAUUCUUGGCCGAAUAUGAUUUUGUAUGGAAACACAAACCAGGAAGCCACAAUCAGGUUGCGGAUGCACUUAGCAGACGCGAAGUAAUCGCUACUGUUCUUGCUAUUGUUCAGGUGGAGUCGGACAUGUUGUGCCGACUUCGUCAAGCUGCGGGGGAGGAUGCAGCGUACAAGAAAUUGGUUGAGCUUGUACAAGAUGGGACAAUACGGAGAUAUUGGUUGGAACAAGACCUACUCUAUGCAAAGGGGGGUCGAAUCUUCGUGCCGAAGGGAGAGCUGCGAAAACACUUAUUGAUGGAGACUCAUGAUCCGUAG